UCGCAGUCGGAAAGUCUUCUGGUAGCGUCCUACGGAGAAGACGUUCUGUAGAUAUUGUAUCUCGCCUGGUAAUAUUUGGUUUAAUUUUCAUCCUGAAUUUGGUAGAUUAACAGCAGUUUAACGGUACCAAUACGUUGAGCAAAAAAUGGCUAGCUUUCUUAUGCCGCUUGCUGUGAAAGACGAUGAUGAGUUGACGUUGAGCGAAGUUAGUGGGUUUGUUGAACGUCUCAAAAGAGACGACAUUAGGGGCAUCAAUCUCUGUCUGGUCGGCGUUGUGGGAAAGUUUCGCGAGGGAAAGUCGACCCUUUUGAAUAUCAUGGACCGUUACCUUACCCAGCGUGCAGCCGGUAAUAUUUCACCAGAUCCGACAGAAUAUGCUUUUGAAACCGCUGGAUCCAGGGAUAAGUUCGUCACUUCCAAGGAAACCGAUGGGUGCACGCAGGGGAUAUGGAUUACCCGCAAUCCCUACAUCAUACAGGAUAAUAAUGGUCGAAAAUUUGCCGUCUUUCUGUUGGAUACACAGGGUCUAUUCGAUUUCGAGAACAGUACGGCGCUGGAUUCGGCGUUGUUCCUGCUGACGAGUAUGUUUAGUUCGUUUACGGCCAGUACUCGUUAACAUUAUGCGCAUACUGGGGAAGGACCAGCUGGACAUGUUAGCUGAGUUCUCCAAACUGGCACAGAAGAUUCGCAGCAAUAUCUACAGCGAAAAUGCCCAUAUCUUUCAAGACCUGGUUAUUCUUGUGCGUGACGCCCUCGUGGGGAAAAUGUCUCCGGGCUGGGAGUCCGGAGCUGCUUACCUCAAUAAAAGUCUAAACACGUCAAAGAAUGCCGACAUUAUGAAAGAAAUUACCAAAGCGUAUCAACACCUUCGCUGUUUCCUCCUGCCUCGCAUUGCCAAUAAUCCUGAUGAUCAAGGUUUCAGCAUGACGGAAGAGCAUAUACUGCCAGACUUUCUUAAAUACGCGAAUGUAUUUCUCAGCGAAAUGUUCGGUGGAGGAAUGCUACGGCCGUUCAAGCACAAGAACACAGUUUACAACUGCGGAGCUUUUGCCGGUUUCGUUGAGCACAUCACGGAAUUGUUCGUUGGAGGCAAAAUUCCCCAAGCAGAAAACAUGUUGGAGGCCAUGGUUCGCUUUGAACUGCAAGUAGCCGUGGACAUCGCUUUCAAAUACUACCGAUCGAAAAUGAGUGCAGUCACCAGCCAAGCUGUGGAUCCGGAAGAACUGAAAAGGAUGCACGCUCUCUAUAAGGAAAACUGCAAACUGAUUCCCCAAUCCGAAGUGGCUAUUCUGGCUCGCGAGCCGGUCAAGGCCAAGCCAUAUUUACAGAAACUGGACGCCAGCAUUGAUGAGGAGUUCACCGGGAUCGCCGCGGCGAAUGCCAAGCGCACGCACCAGGAAGCGGAACAUCGUCGCGAACUGGACAAGCGGCAGAAAGCGGUGGAGCAGGCGCGCGAAGAGUGA